UUGUUUCAUACAUAUGCGAUGUUUCCCUAUCAGGAUAUAACGCCGAAAAAGGUAACCAAUAUAUAUUUAUAUAUACUUCGGUCGUUUUCUGCAGUUGAAGCCAGAGAGAGAGAGAGAGAGAGAGAAAAAAAAGAAUCUAGGAUGGGAAGAGGGAAGGUGGUUCUUGAGAGAAUACAGAACAAAAUCAACAGACAAGUAACAUUCUCAAAGAGAAGGAGUGGUUUGCUGAAGAAAGCAUUCGAACUUUCUGUGUUAUGUGAUGCUGAAGUUGCUCUUAUCAUCUUUUCCAGCCUUGGCAAGCUUUUUCAAUACAGUACCACUGACUUGAACAAAAUCAUUGAGAAGUAUCGACAAUGUUGCUUUAAUAAUAUGUCUGAGAAUAACGACUUGGGAGAACAAGAGUCACAGAGCUUACACCAGGAGCUUUUGAUGCUAAGAGUCAAGCAUGAAUCUCUAGCUCGGACUCAAAGGAUAUUUUUGGGAGAAGAACUCAAUGCACUUGGCAUAAAAGAUUUGCAGAGUAUAGAGAAACAACUGGAGAGAACACUUGCACAAGCUCGAAAGCACCAAAUGCAAAAGAUGAUGGCAAGAGUUGAUCAAUUACGUGAGGAGGUGCACAAGGUGGAGGAGGUCAACAAACAAUUAAAAUCCCAGAAAAGAGGUAUAAGCACCAAUAUUUGUGACAAUUCGACUAAUUCGACCAUCUCCAGUAAUAACAAUAUCAUCGCCAAUUUACUUGAUGCACAAGCCAAUCAGUUUGAUUAUGGAACAACAAGCCGGUUUGGGCACCAACAAGGUGCAUCAAAAGACCAAGCGAGCAUCGACAUUGAUAGAGGACAAAGCAGUCACAACAAGAACAAUGGAUGGAUGCAUAUUUGAAAUUUUAUUUUUGAGAUCACGUGUAUCCGAUCGAUCCGUCAAAUAUGUCUCAAAAAAUUCCAUGAUCAGAUUCUAUUUGGUUUAAUUUAUAAUGGGGAAUUUUAUUUUAUUUUGACAUUUUUCCAGCCUGAUAAUAGCUUCAAUUGCAUUAUGUGUAUGUAGCUAGCUAGCCAGCCAAUGCCAGAAUUGGUAUUAACCUCUGUUUCUAUUAACAAAAUGAUGAUAACCAUAAAAGAUAAAUAAAAUCUGAUGAGUCUAUUCUUCUCAUGA